AUGACUGCUUCACACUCCUAUACGAAUGGCAAUGGCUUUGCAAGUGGGCAUCGUGCAUUGGUGCCAGGAAUAUAUGUUCCUACUGUUGCAUUCUUCCAUCUAGAAUCUGAAGAAGUCGACCUCUCAGCAGUCGCCAAACACGCUUCCAGACUUGCCACUUCUGGAAUUGCAGGCCUUGUUGUCCAUGGAUCAAAUGGAGAAGCAGUUCAUCUCACUCACUCCGAACGUUCGCUCAUUACCUUAACUACACGCAAAGCUCUCGAUAAAGCAGGUGCCUCAUCCAUGCCCGUUAUCGUAGGCUGUGGUACCCAAUCAGUUAAGGAAACACUCGAAUUGUGUAGAGAGGCUAAAGAGUCAGGUGGAGAUUAUGCAAUUGUUCUUCCACCCAGUUAUUACGCAUCACUCUUGAACCCACAACUGAUAUUGGAAUUUUUCACACAAAUUGCGGAUGCAAGUCCAAUCCCCAUUAUCAUAUACAACUAUCCUGCCGCACAAGGAGGACUUGAUCUUAGUUCCGAUGUCAUACUUACACUUUCUGCUCAUUUAAAUAUUGUGGGUGUAAAACUCACAUGUGGAAAUACCGGAAAGUUGGCACGAAUCGCCGCAUCUGCCAAACCAACCUUCCUCACCACUGGCGGUUCUGCAGAUUUCAUUUUGCAAAGCAUGGUAGUAGGAGGUGAUGGGGUCAUAGCUGGAUUGGCAAAUUUAGCACCAAAAGCUUGUGUAAAAGUCAUGAGAUUGUUCAAAGAAGGAAAGCUAGUAGAAGCGAGAGAGUUGCAAGCAAUUGUUGCCAGAGGAGACUGGGUGGCUAUCAAGGGAGGUUUCGUUAGUGUGAAAGUUGCAUUGGAGAAGUUUUACGGAUAUGGUGGAUUACCUAGGAAACCAUGUGCACUGCCUGAGAAGAAAGCAUUGGCAGCAAUGAAUGAAGAGUUUUCAGAAUUGCUUGAGUUGGAGAAUACUCUUUAG